UUUUAUUUAAAAGUGUCCGAAAGGUUAAAUCACAAAAGUUUAGGUGAAUGCUCCCAAGGCACAAUUGGCGCUCCAGAAUGAGUGGGCUGCAGAAGACGCACUGACUCUCUGGACGCAUGUCGUACUUUUGGGGAUCGCUGUGAAGACCAUGGCCGGGAAGUCACAAAGGCGCUCACGCCGGGAUGGAUGUAACCUGGAGCCCGGGCCAGGUGAGGGCUGAGGGCGCGCUGCGCACUGGGUCAGUCUGGCUCACCCGAAUGGCUCUCAAAAGCUGACUCUCUUCUCGCCCCCGCCCCUCGCCGAGGGAGAACGACCAGGCCGCUCCUCCCCUGGGUGGGUCCCGGCUCCUUUUCUGGCAGGGUCUAUUUGCAUAGAGGAAACUGUCCAAAGUGGCCGCUGUGGAGGAGCUGGCGAGGAGAAGGGGGCGUGCGCCGCGAUCCGCUACUACCCGAAGGCCAAGCCCCGCGCUGGGACGUCCUGGUGCCUCGGGCUCUCCUGUGCGCUCAGUCUGCUGCCCCAGUUCUGCGCGGUACCCUCGGAGAGCCCUCGUGCGACAAGCGCGCCAUGAGCCUAGGCGAGCGCGCUGGUGGUGGCGGCAGCGGCGACGACGCGCAGAAGAGCAGCCCCGCUGGGAGCGGAGGCGGAGGGUGCCCCGCGACGACCGCCGGGUCGCGGGCGGUGAGCGCGUUGUGCCUGCUGCUCUCCGUGGGCUCGGCGGCCGCCUGCCUGCUGCUGGGCGCCCAGGCAGCCGCGCUGCAGGGCCGGGUGUCGGCGCUCGAGGAAGAGCGGGAGCUCCUGCGGCGCUCGGGGCCGCCGGGCACUCUGGACGCCUGGGCCGAGCCGCACCUGGAGCGCCUGCUGCGCGAGAAGUUGGAUGGACUUGUCAAGCUCCGGACUGUGCGGGAGGCUCCAUCUGAGUGCAUCUGCCCCCCAGGUGCCCCUGGACGGCGUGGCAAGCCCGGAAGAAGAGGCGACCCUGGUCCUCCAGGGCAAUCAGGACGAGAUGGCUACCCGGGACCCCUGGGUCUGGAUGGCAAGCCCGGACUUCCAGGCCCCAAAGGGGAAAAGGGUGCACCAGGAGACUUUGGCCCCCGGGGGGAUCAAGGGCAAGAUGGAGCUACUGGGCCUCCAGGGCCCCCUGGACCACCUGGGGCCCGUGGCCCUCCUGGCGACACUGGGAAAGAUGGCCCCAAGGGACUUCAAGGCCCAGUGGGUCCCAAAGGAGAGCCUGGACAAGAUGGAGAGAUGGGCCCUGAGGGACCCCCAGGGUCCAAGGGUGAGCCUGGCAUUCCUGGAAAGAAGGGGGAUGAUGGGAUACCCAGCCAGCCAGGGCUCCCUGGGCCCCCAGGGCCCAAGGGUGAGCCAGGGAAUGUGGGGCCCCAAGGAGAGAACGGCAUGGACGGUGCCCCAGGACCUAAGGGGGAGCCUGGCCACCGAGGCACAGACGGAGCUGCCGGGCCCCGGGGACCCCCAGGCCUCAAGGGCGAGCAAGGAGACACUGUGGUGAUCGACUAUGACGGCAGGAUCCUGGAUGCCCUUAAGGGUCCUCCUGGGCCACAGGGAGCCCCAGGGCCACCAGGGAUCCCUGGAGCCAAGGGUGAGCUUGGAUUGCCUGGUGCCCCAGGAAUCGAUGGAGAGAAGGGACCCAAAGGACCAAAAGGAGACCCAGGAGAGCCUGGGCCAGUUGGACCCAAAGGGGAAGCAGGCGAGAUGGGCUUGUCUGGCCUUCCGGGUGCUGACGGCCCCAAGGGAGAGAAGGGAGAGUCAGCAUCUGACAACCUACAGGAGAGCCUGGCCCAGGUCAUAGUGGAGCCAGGCCCCCCCGGGCCGCCUGGACCCCCAGGUCCCAUGGGCCUUCAGGGAAUCCAGGGUCCCAAGGGCUUGGAUGGAGCAAAGGGAGAGAAGGGCACAUCAGGAGAGAGAGGCCCUCAUGGCCUGCCUGGGCCAGUUGGCCCACCAGGCCUUAUUGGGCUGCCGGGAACCAAAGGAGAGAAGGGCAGACCCGGGGAGCCAGGACUAGAUGGUUUCCCUGGACCCCGGGGAGAAAAAGGCGACAAGAGUGAACGUGGAGAGAAGGGGGAGCGAGGUGUUCCAGGCCGAAAAGGAGUGAAGGGCCAGAAGGGAGAGCCGGGACCACCAGGACUAGACCAGCCAUGUCCUGUGGGCCCUGAUGGGUUGCCAGUGCCUGGAUGCUGGCAUAAGAGUGUGCCACCCAGCCCCAGAACCAUCAGCAAGUGACGCCAACAGGAAUGCGGGCAGGCCAAUCCAGGGGAAUUGUGUGCUUGAGGGGCACCUGCGGGGCUUGGAUUUCCUGGGAAGGAGACGAAGGUGAAAGUGCCUGGCUCAGGUGAGCCUGGAAAGACACUGGGUUGGGCCUUCAGUCACCUGAUUAGCCAAGACUCACUACUGUCCCCUUAAUCCCCGGAGGCCCUGGUCACACUGUACCCAAUGAUGUUCGGACAGCAUCUGCAGCUGCUCUGGCCUCUCCAGCCUCCAGACUCAAUCACUACCCGCUACCCCCAGACCCUGGGUUUCCCAGGGCAGGACAAGACUACCAUCAGCAAUUACAGUUGGACCCUAGGGAACUGUCGAUGUAAAGCACUCCAAGAGGGCCUAGCCCCCACCAACUUCUGUAGCCCUCAGAAGCCAGUCUGUUGUGAGAAUAUGUGUCCUCUGGCCAUCAGCAGUAGCCAAAAUCUGCGAUUGCACAAUGUGGAGCCAGCAGCAGUGGGAAGCCUGUUGUCCCUGAGUGUGCAGAGAUACCCAGACUGUACUGGCUGCCACUUCCUGUCAUCUCACCACAGGAAGGGACUUUCCUGGCCCUGAAGAGAUAAGCCUCCAGCUCAGUUUGGGUUUCACUGGCCUCAAAGUCUCCUGCUCAAAAUACUGAUCAGCCUGGUAGAAAUGGGUCUCACAGUGAGUUGUGCAGACUCGGCAAACUGCAAAGCUGGUGUUCCCAGCAGGACUGAGCAGGGGGCCUGUGACUGAGUCCUCCACACUCUGAUGAAAGCCUUUGCCACAUCUAACAAAGAGUCCUAGUGAUCAGCUCUGUCCUAGCUACUUUCCUCUCCUCUCUGUGUAGAUGGGCAUCACUAUGUGUAACAAACCACAGAUGUGUGUCUGGGUGUGCCUGUCCUUGCAGACUGGCCCCAGGCACUUCUGGCUGAGGUUUCACCGUGGACAUUGCAAGCUGGGGAAGGAGAAAGGGACUGUUCCUAGGUUGAAGCCACCUCCGAAAACAAAGGAGGUAGCUCAGGAUCAGGUGGGAGACAUGUGGGGAGUUAAGGACAUAGGCUCAAGGUCAGGUCCUACCACACACCAGCAGAGUCCUCAGGCCAGUCACUUCAUGUCACGGAACCCCUGUGUGCUUCUUUGCUGUGGCUAGCAGUGACUGCUGCAUAAAAAAUUGCCCUGAAACUUGCUUGUUUCCUUAAAGUAUUGACUGUUUCUGUUUUUCUCUUACAGUUCUGAGGGUUAAUCAGCUUGGCUGGGUGGUUCACUGAAAGUCUCCCACAUUUGUUGCUUGAUAUUGCCCAAGAUGGCCAGAAUAUCUAUCUGGACUUUAUGUGUAGUCCAGGCUUCCUCACAGCGUGGUGGCUAGAUUCCAAAGUGAAUAAGACAGGUAGAAACUGUGUCACCUUUUAUGCCCAAACCUCCAAAGUUAUAUGGUAUUGCUUUCGGCCAGAGUCAGAGGUUCACCCAAUUUGAAAAUAGAGAGGUAGACCCACCCUCUCAAUGAAAAAAGUGGCAACAUCGUAUUUUAAGGAGAAAAUGUGGGACACUAUAUGUAGCAGCCAUCUUUGAUAAUGCCACCUACCACCUCAUCUACAAAAGGAGAUAGCAUUACAUAUCACUAAGUGGUUCAAUGAGGAUCAACUUUGUGGAAUACAGAAAGAAUCUAGGACUGACUGAUCAGACACUCUGAAGCACUUGGGACUCAGAUUUUCCUCUCUUCUCCCCACUCUAAGACCAAGCGAGAGCCAAUCUUGCAAAGCAUUUCCAUAGCUCUAAUGUCAACUGGGCCUUGUAAUAUCUCUAAGAGAAGGACCCAGCAAAUAUGCCCAUUUUACAGAGGACAAAACCAAGCACAUCCAUGGUGGUAUAGAAAAGAAGGGACCUAUAGGUAGAGUGUCUCAGACAUCCUUUCCCCAAGGUCUGGAGCCUAAGGAGGGCUACAAUAUGGGUAGUUCCCCCCCACCACCACAAGACCCCCAAAUGUAUGCCCUCCUUGCUAAGCACAGCAGCCCAGUCAUACUCAGGGUGAGGAAGGAGGAAUAUGUCAAGUCCCUAUCUCUGACCUCUUCAGGAGCUGGUAAUAAGUAGCAGGCCAUGCUGCUUAGCCAGUCUACUGGCUCACCAGGGAAGCCAGAAGUAGGAAAAGGAGGAGAAACACAGUGAACUUGAUGACUGGUGGAGACUUCUGGGUGUCAAUGCCUCCUUUUGAGUCCCCAUAACCUACUAAAUCUACACUUGACAGUUAGCAAUUCACUCCUCCCUCCAACCAGGAACUUCACUUGAUAUCCUCCCUAGACUUGUGAGGGAUGGGGCUCAUGAGGUAGGUGACACUAUGUCCAUUUUCCAUAUGGGAAAACUGAGCAUCAGAGGGGACUCUCACCUGCCCAGGGAUGCACGGCCAGGAUGGAGUGGCAGGCUUGGACCCAGGCUCUUGGGUAUUCUCCAAUUUGUCUUUAGCAGGAAUGGAAAAUUUGUCUUUAGCAGGAAUGGAAAAUCAUCCCCAUGAUGCUGGGUGGCUGACAGGUAAUCUUUGUGGGGAUAGAAGCCACUUUUUUUCUUCCUCAGACAACUAAGGGGGUCAAUUUCCUACCCCAUUGGACUGGAUGGGACCAUUUUUGGCUCGUUGCUGCCCCCUUGUGUCCCCAUUCCUCCUAUCCUCCAGUAUACAAACUCAACUGCCAACAUCAGUAUGUAGAACUGCUGAGUCAGCUCGGGUGAAGGAGGAGAGGCUAUGGGAGAUUGAAUGACUAGUUCAAGGUCCCAGCUGAGACACUGCAGAGCGCCUUGCCUCAAUGCUGAGCCUCAAGGACUGAGAAGGGGGCUUCAGGGCUCCCUGCCAAGAAGGGUAGCUCUGCUUCAAUCUUUUCUCUUCCGAAAGACAGAAAAGCAUAUUUACUGAGAGCUAAACUAACAGCAAGGACCACUAUACCCUUUUCCAGAUGAAUCUGAGGCCUGGGAGAGGGGGGCUUACCAAGUUUACUUCCUCCUCAUCCCUAUGAUACCACUAGAAAUGCAGGGGAGGCUUUGGAUUGUCACAAUUAUUGGAGGCCAUUCCUGACAUUCAGUAAGCAGAGCCAGGGACAGCAAACAUUUGAAAUGCACAGGACAGUUCUGCCCAACAAUGAAUCAUCUCACUAAGAAUGCCAGUUGAGAAACACCAUGCCCCAGGUUCAAGUCUUGGCUCAGCCCCUACCUCCUAUCCCAUGCCCUCUUGCUUCCAGUGUAGCUUUGAAGGACACACAUGAGAUAACGGAUGGGAAAAUGCUUAGCAUGGGCUAGAGGCAGAAAGGAAUGGACUUUUUCUGAGCAGGGAGAGAGUGAAGCUAUAGAUAGAUCAUCUGAACCAGGAAAUGUCCCAGUCUGGUCUGACCUUCAACUGUAUCAGCCCCUGACCCUAGAUAACCAGGGGCAGGUAAGAUGUUCGCUGAUCCUGGGUACAGCCUUCUUGCCCUCUACCCCAAGGCAGGAAAGCCCCUGAGCCAACCUGACUGCUCUGAGCUGCCCUAGGCUAUGCCUGUGGCUGGACCUUAGGCUGUAAGACAAAACACUGAAGAUGGAAAUCAGGCAGGACUUUCUCUCCUUUCUCCCUUCCUCCCCCCACACCCCCCCACCACACACACCCACACAUACACCAAAAAAAAAAAAAAACAUUAAAAGCUGAAACUGCAGGGCAUAGAGGAACAUGGGUCUCUCCAGCAAAGAGGAGGAGCCAGUACAUUGAGAAAACCAUUGACCGCAGUCCCAUUCACACACACAAGGGGCCUUGACCCUCAAAAAAGAAGUAAGUGCCAUAAACAAUUAACCUCUCAUGGUUAAUUUUAGAAUUUUUUCAAGAAUCGUGUACAGUUACAAAUAAGAAACUCAGUUCAGGAAGAUGACAAAGUUCUGUGGGUGGAUGGUGGCGAUGGUUGUACAACAAUGGGAAUGGACUUACUGUCACAGAAUUGUACCGUUAAAUGGCUAAAAUGGUAAAGUUUGUUAUGUAUAUUUUACCACAAUAAAAAACAUAAGGAAUAAAAGAAUAUAAGAAUGUUCUUUAAUAAA